AUGGUUAUAGCAAUUGGGUUUGAAGGAAGCGCUAAUAAACUUGGGAUUGGUAUUGUUAAAAAUGGAGAAAUACUUGCUAAUUGUAGACGAACGUACAUUACACCUCCAGGAGAAGGAUUCCUACCGCGUGAGACAGCAGAGCAUCAUCAAGAAAAUAUCCAUGAGGUCUUAAGAGAAGCACUGGACCAGUCUGGCUUAUCUCCCAAGGAUAUAGAUGUGGUGUGCUAUACCAAAGGUCCCGGGAUGGGGGCGCCGUUAAUGGUGUGUGCAAUUGUAGCCAGAACCUGCGCCAAGUUAUGGGAUAAACCAAUCCUGGGGGUCAAUCAUUGCAUUGGACAUAUAGAAAUGGGCAGACUGAUCACGAAUGCAAAAAAUCCUACUGUUCUGUAUGUGAGUGGUGGCAAUACACAGGUUAUUGCAUAUUCUCGGCAAAGGUAUCGGAUAUUCGGCGAGACUAUUGACAUUGCGGUUGGCAACUGUUUAGAUAGAUUUGCAAGAGUAUUAAAAUUAUCCAAUGCACCCAGUCCUGGCUACAAUAUAGAACAAGCUGCAAAGAAAGGCAAAAAGUAUUUACAUCUUCCAUACUGUGUUAAAGGAAUGGAUGUAAGUUUUUCUGGUAUACUAUCUUACAUGGAGGACAAAAUCGACGAACUACUUAAGGAAUACACUCCAGAGGAUUUGUGUUACUCAUUACAAGAGACCGUGUUUGCUAUGCUGGUGGAGAUCACCGAGAGGGCGAUGGCUCACUGCGGUUCCGAUGAGGUGUUAAUAGUAGGUGGGGUGGGGUGCAACGAGCGCCUGCAGGAGAUGAUGGGUGUGAUGUGCGAGGAGAGAGGGGGCAAAGUGUUCGCUACCGACGAGCGCUUCUGCAUCGACAACGGCGUCAUGAUCGCACAUGCCGGCGCGCUCGCUUUUCAGUCCGGGACCAGGAUGGACUUCCGCGACUCCACCAUCACGCAGCGGUACCGCACCGACGACGUCUUGGUCACUUGGAGGGACGAUUAA